AAGCAAUCCAAAACUUUCUUUUGGAAAAUAUUAAAUACAUUUUUAUUUUCGUAUGCCAAUUAAUUCUUUGGUACAAAACCGAAAAAAUAGAAAAAGCUAUCUCAGCUCUUAGUGAUGACAUUUAUAAAUUACAUAAAACAUUUCAAACUAAAAUCGAAAAAACGGAAAAAGCUAUAUCAGCUCUUAGUGAUGAUAUAUAUAGAACAUUUGAAACUGAAACUAAAAGAAUCGAAACGGAUAUAUUGACUCUUGGUGAAACUUUCAAAACCGAUGCUAAAAAAGUCGAAAAAGAUAUAUCGAUUUUCAAGGAUAACGUUAGUAAAAUGUGUGAAAAAUCUCAAAAUGAAACUAAAAAAAUCGAAAAAGAAAUAAAAAACGACAUUAAUCAAAUAC